CGUCUGCCUCUGAUGCGCUUUUUUUUUUUUUUUUACAUCUAUUUACUGAAAGCCCCCAUUGGAGGUGCACGUCCAGUGAGGUUAUACAAAGAUUGAGGAAAGCCCGAGUUAUAGAUGAAAAUGAAGAUGAUGGCCGGCUUCCCCUUUUCUCUUCUUUCUCUUUGGAUCAGUUUUGGCAGUGCUGAUGCUGCAAACCUGACAGACCCGCAGAUAUGCUACAUCUUGGAUGUCAUUCUGUUUGUUUAUGGGAUUAUUCUCACUGUCCUUUACUGCAGAAUGAAGCUACGGAGUAAAGCAGCGAAUAACUCAUACACAGGGAAGAAAGAUGCCGGUGAAGGUGUUUAUGAGGGUCUCAAGCCUCAUGAUCAGGACACUUAUGAGAUCAUCAACAUGCAAAAAGGAAGAAAAUAAGUCGAAGAAAGAUCCAAACAAGAGGAAGAAAUACGUUUCUCAUUUUGGAGAUUGUACCAUUAUCCGCUAUCAUUCUGUCUUAAACAUGUAGCUAUUAUAAAUAAGCAACUUAUUACAAAGUGUUUUUUGUUGUUUACUGUAAUAACCUUUGGUAAUCACAUGUGUUUGGCUUGGUUUCUUUGCGUACAGAGAUAAUCAAAUUAUCAAACAGAAUGUACAGUAGAAGCUGAUUAACAAAUCGUUAAAUGUUGUUUCUGUGUGAUUUUUCUAUUAGUUUGUUUAAAUUACAGUUGUGUUAAAAAAAAUAGCAGUACAACAUCAGUAACCUGAUGAACCACUGUUAUUAGUAGUAGUGAUAUUCCUGCAUUGCAAAUAAUUUACUUGUAGGUAUAGUAGUGUAAUAGAAAACCAACAGACCCAACUGUCAUGACAUGCACGCUGCUGAGUAAUUGGCUCAUUCAUUGAAAGGGGCGUGUUCAAAAUAAUAGCAGUGUGGAGUUUAAUUAGAGAAUUCAUUCAUUUUGUGAAAAAACAGGUGUCAUUAAUUGUCCUUUUAUUUAGGAAGAAGGGAAACAAAUGUUUCACACAUUGUUAUAAAAUAUAUUUCCUUCUGAAUUGCUAAGUAAAAUGAGCCUUUCCAAACAUUGUUCGGAGGAACAACGUAAUUUGAUUCAAAAGUUGAUUGGAGAGGGGAAAACGUAUAAAGAAGUGCAGCAAAUUAUAGGAUGCUCAGCUAAAAUUAUCUCAAAUGCUUUAAAAUGGCAACAAAAAUCCGAAACACGUGGAAGAAAACGAGCAACUACUAUUAAAACGGAUCAAAGAAUAGUCAGAAUGGCAAAGAUUCAGCCAAUCAUCACCUCCAGAAAGAUCAAAGAUGAUCUAUAAUUACCUGUAAGUACUGUUACAGUCAGAAGACAUUUGAUCAAAGCUAAGCUAUCAGCAAGAAGCUCCUGUAAAGCACCAUUGUUGAAAAAAUGGCAUGGGCAGAAUCGGUUAAAAUUUGCCAAGGAACACAUCGAUUGGCCCAAAGAGAAAUGGCGUAACAUUCUGUGGACUGAUGAGAGUAAAAUUUUUCUUUUUGGGUAUAGUGGUCAUUGACAGUACGUCAGGCGACCCCCGGGUACUGAAUUCAAGCCAGAGUACACUGUGAAGACAGUGAAGCAUGGUAGCGCAAAAAUCAAGGUAUGGGAUUGUUUUUCAUACUACAGUGUUUGGCCUAUUUAUCGUAUACCAGGGAUCAUGGAUCAGUUUAAAUACAUCAAAAUACUUGAAGAGAUUAUGUUGCCCUUUGCCAAAGAGGAAAUGCCCCUGAAAUGGCUGUUUCAACAAGACAACGACCCCAAACACACGAGUAAGCGAGCAACAUCUUGGUUCCAGACAAAAAGGACUGAGGUAAUGGAGUGGCCAGCUCAAUCCCCUGACCAAAACCCCAUUGAAAACUUGUGGGGUGACAUUAAAAAUGCAGUUUCUGAAGCAAAACCCAAAAAUUCACAGGAACUGUGGAAUGUAGUUCAUUCAUCCUGGGCUGAAAUACCUGUUUCUAGGUGCCAGAAGUUGGUUGACUCGAUGUAACACAGAUGCGCAGCAGUUAUCAAAAACAAUGGUUAUGCAACUAAAUAUUGAGUAUGAAGAGAACAAUGUUGACACUGCUAUUUUUUUUUAACAGAUUAAUAUUCCUUUUCUUUGCUUCCUGUAAAAGAAUAACGCAGACUUGAUAAAAUUUGUUAAAGCUUUGAUUUGGAAUUGAAUGUGUAAUGUUUCCACUACAUUUGAAAUAUGGAAAUAAAAGCUAUUAAACAAUA